GCAAAGACCAGCGACAAUAAUGAACAAAGGCGGUGGUUCUGGUGGCGGAAUGGCCGGAUCCGGUGGAGGAAGUGGCCCAACGGCUGCCGCCUCCGCCGCAGCUUUACAAAAGCAAAAGGCUUUGUUGCAGAGAGUAGAGACUGACAUCACAUCUGUCGUCGAUAACUUCACGCAAAUCGUCAAUGUUUCAAGGGUGAGUGACCCACCGGUGAAGAACUCGCAGGAAGCUUACAUGAUGGAGAUGCGAGCUUCUAGACUGGUUCAAGCAGCUGAUUCUCUUUUGAAACUCGUAUCGGAACUGAAGCAAACAGCGAUUUUUUCAGGAUUUGCAUCACUAAAUGAUCAUGUAGAACAAAGAAUAGAAGAGUUUGAUCAAGAGGCCGAGAAGACAAAUCGAUUGUUGGCUAGAAUAGCUGAUGAUGCAUCUGCCAGUCUUAAAGAGCUCGAGUCUCACUAUUACUCUUCUGCUCAGAGAUUGACUCUGAAAUAGAAAUGGUUGGAGCCAGUAGUCUGGUGGUGGAGCAGAAACAGAUAAACAAUUGGUUCAUAAACCAGAGGAAACGGCAUUAGAAGCCAUCGGAGGAUAUGCAGUUUAAAGUCAUGGACAACGUUUUGGACAAUCCUUUCCCCCGUUGAUCACAUUUCCUCUACCAUACUUGAUACUUGCUUUCAUCGAUUCUCUAAUAUGUGUAGUCUGUUACUUGUGGUCUUAAAUGUUCCAGUCUGAUGAACAAGCGUUUGAUGUUUUCAUCAAUCAUUAGUGAUUUUGUGCUGUGUAUCUUGUAUAUUGUUCUAUCAUUAUUUGAAAUUUCAAUCUCUACCUGCAAAGUAUAUCCUCAAAGUAAAACCUUUUUGAUCUAAGAAAUUCGUUUUGAACUA